UGGUAGCAUCCUGUCUAAGCUGUUCCACUUGGGUCGUGUCCUUGAGGGUUGCAUCGUACCACCGCCCGAGGCUCUUGAUUGGCUUCGCUACCACGGUUGGUAUGGGCUCCUCGCCGAUGUAAAAGCGCUGGUCCGAUAGCUUGCCUUUGACAACAGUCAGGCUCCUGGACUUGCUCGGUUUGAACUUCAUCCGGGCCCAUUCAAUGUUUUCCUGCAGCUUCCUCACCAGUCGUCUGGUACAUGGGAUGGUUGAAGUGAGAGUGGUCAUAUCACCCAUGUAUGCCCUAAUGGGAGGGAGCCAAAGGCCUGGUUUUAGCUGCUCUCCUCCCACCACCCAUCGAGAUGCACGGAUGAUGACCUCCGUUUCCAUGGUGAAGGCCAGUGGGGAAAUGGUGCAUCCUGCCAUAAUGCCCACCUCCAGGUGUUGCCAAGCCGUGGUGUACUCUGGCGUUGACAGGCAUAUCUGCACGUCCAAGAAAUAGGCCCUGACGAGGGCAGUGAUAGCAUCUAGAACCUGGUAGUAGCUUAAUGUAGUCCACAGGACGUUGUGUGGAAAUGAGCCAAAGGCGUUGGCCAGAUCCAGGAAAACCACAUGGAGGUCUCUUCCAUCACUCUUUGCGGCCUGGACUUGGUGCCAUAUCAUGCUCAGGUGCUCGACACACACCCGGGAAAGCCUGGCAUCCCUGCUUUCUGCACUGAUGUGUCAAUGAAGUGGUUCAUUUCCAGGUAGGUGGUCAUCCUGCGAGCCACUACAGAGAAGAACAUUUGUUCUUAAUUUCUGCCUGGCCCCGGAUUCCCAUGUUCUUAAGGAGACUGGUAGUUGACCUGCCCACGAAGCCUCUGCAGCCCACCUCCACAGGGAGAACUGUAAAAAUAUAAAAAUAAUUAUUUAUUUAUUUUAAAAAAAAAAAUUUCAAGAAAAAUUAUUAAUAUUUCCAGAAAAAUGUUGUCAUUGUACAAGAAUCAUGUCAGAAUAUUUUGAGUAAAAUGUUAAACAAUUACAAGAAAAAUAUGCCAUUUUAAAGGAUUAAAGUCAAAUUUAUUAUGAAAAAGGCCGUAUUUUUUUUUAGAAAAUAGGUUGCAAUAUUGUAAGAAAGUUGUGAUAUAAGAUUUUUUAGGAAUUUUGUGAGAAAAAAAAUAAUUUCACACAACAAAAUUAUGUAAUUUUACCAGAUAAAAGCCAAUUAUAUUCUAAAAAAUAGGGUGGGGUUUUUUUUUUUAGAAAAGUUAGUAAUAUUUUAAGAAAAAUGUCAUUGCACAAGAAUUAUGUCAGAUUAUUUUGAGUAAAAUGUUAAACAUCGACAAUAAAAAAUGUCAUUUUAAAGAAUUAAAGUAAAAUUUAUUGUGAAAAAGGUUUUUUUUUUUUUAGAAAAUAGCCAGCAAUCUUAUGAGAAAAAGUUGUCAAGAUUUUUUAGGAAUCUUCUGAUAAAAAAAAUUAUUUCACAAAACAAAAUUAUGUAAUUUGACCAGAUAAAAGCCACAUAUAUUAUAAAAAAUUGUUAUUUUUUGAGAAAAGUUAUUAAUGUUUUAAGAAUUUUUUUGUCAUUGUACAAGAAUUCCAUCCAUCCAUUUUUUACUGCUUGUCCCAAGAAUUAUGUCAGAAUAUUUUGAGGAAAAUGUUAAACAUUUACAAUAAAAAAUAUGCAAUUUUACAGGAAAUAAUGUCAAAUACUGUUUAUUGUGAACAAGUAUUUAUUUUUUUCCAGAAAAACGCAACAUUUUAUCAAAAAAAGUUAUCAUUCAAGAAUUGUGUAAAAACAUUAAGAAAAGAAGUUGAGUCUUUUAGUUUAGUCUAUUUUUUUUUUUUUUAGAAAAUAGCCAGCAAUCUUAUGAGAAAAAGUUGUCAAAUAAGAUUUUUUAGGAAUUUUCUGAUUAAAAAAAAUAUUUCACAAAACAAAAUUAUAUAAUUUGACCAGAUAAAAGCCAAAUAUAUUAUAAAAAAUAGUGUUAUUUUUUGAGAAAAGUUAUUAAUGUUUUAAGAAAUUUUUUUGUCAUUGUACAAGAAUUCCAUCCAUCCAUUUUCUACUGCUUGUCCCAAGAAUUAUGUCCGACUAUUUUGAGGAAAUAUGCAAUUUUACAGGAAAUAAUGUCAAAUACUGUAUAUUGUGAACAAGUAUUUAUUUUUUUUCCAGAAAAACGCAACAUUUUAUCAAAAAAAGUUAUCAUUCAAGAAUUGUGUAAAAAUAUUAAGAAAAUAAGUUUAGUCUUUUUUUUAAAUGGUAUGCAAUUUUUCAUGAUUGAAGUCAUAUUAUCCAUCCAUCCAUCCAUUUUCUACCGCUUAUUCCCUUUGGGCUCGCGGGGGGUGCUGGAGCCUAUCUCAGCUACAAUCGGGGAAAAUUGUUUAUUUUAUUUUGGAAAAAAGUUGCAUUACAGUCUGCAAAAACUUUUUGGAAUAUUCUGAAAAAAAAUGUUUAUUUAUUUUACACGACAAAUGUAUGUAAUUUUACAGGAUUAAAGUUUAUUAUAAAAAAAAAAUAGAAAUAGUUUGAAAAAAAAGUUGUCAUUGAUAUUGUGUAAAAAUUAUGCAAUGUUACAGGAUUAAAGUCCUUUUUUUUUUUUUUUUAAAGAAAACAGUAUUAUGUGAAAAAUUAUCUUACAAGAAUUGUGUAGGAAUAUUUUAAGAAAAAAGUUUACAUUUAAAAAAAAAAAGAAAAGUCUACCGAUUAACAUGAUUUUUUUUUAGAAAAACGCAAAAUCGUGUGAAAAAAUGUAUCUUACAAGAAUUGUGUAGAAAUAAUUUAAGAAAAGUAUAUUUUAAGAAAAAAGUUAAAAAAAAAAUUAAACAAAAAAGUCUACCAAUGAUAAAAGUUAAAAAAAAUUGUAAAAAAAAAUAAAAUAAAUAAAAAGUCUUGUGAAAAAAUGUGUAGAAAUAUUUUAACAAAAUAAUAUUUUAAGAAAAGUUUCCUUUUUUUUUUUUAAUUAAAAGGUCUGCCAAUGAUUAAAGUCAAAUAAAUUGUGAAAAAAAACAGGAUUUUUUUUGUUUGUUUUUUUUUCCAGAAAAAACAAGUUUGAAUAUUGUGAAAAGGUUUUCAUACAAUAAUUUUUAAUAAUAUUCUUGAGAGUUUUUCAUUUUAUUUUACAAGACAAAAUUAUGUAAUUUUACAAGAUUGAAAGUCAAAUAUAUGAUGAAAAAGUUUUUUGGGGUGGGGGAAAGUUAUUAAUUUUGUGAUUAAAAAAAAAAGUUGUCGUACAAAAAAUAUGCACUGGAGAAAUAUUUUAAGUUUAAAUUUGACACAAAAAUGGUUACCACAAAAAUGUAAAUAUUGUGAAACUAUUGUGGGGGGAAAGUAUUUGUUUACAAAAUAGUUACCAAUGUGUCUACAAACUGUAGAAAUAUUGGAGAAAAAGGUUUACAUUUUACAAGAAUAUUUUACAGAAUGCUAAAAACACGGAAUGCUAACACUCGGCUAAUGGUGCAGCCGCGGCUGUCAGGUUGACUAAGUUUUAGCAGAACAACUCACGUGGGUUCAGCACAUGUCUAACUUGGAAGAAUUACCCAGGAUGUGAUGAAGUAUUUCCAGGUAAUGGUCGUGUUGUAGUGGCCAGGUGAUGCUUGGAGGAUCCUCCAGGCUACCAGUGAGUACUGUAAUCUACAGUAGAAAGAUUUAUAUCAGUGCAAAGGUGACUCUGAGGAUGAUAUUUCAUGUUUAGAGCGCCCUAAUGAUGUUCAAUAUCCAUGAUCCAUGAUGUUCAAUAUCCAACUUUGUGCAAAUUGUAGUUUUCUCAAAGAGACUUUAAAGUCCAUCCUAGCUUUUAUUGUUGUAAAUAAAAACACAAAAAUAAAGAUUUGGACUGUUGAAUUUCCAUAGGUCAGCGCUUUUCAUUGUUGUGAGCAGACAAAUUGAUCUCACGUCUGGUAUGUGUGUCAACGCAUCACACUUCACUGGAGCGUGUGCGUGCGUGCGUGUGUGUGUGUGAGUGUGUGUGUGUGUGUGUCCUUAAUGCGUUUCACUGCUAACAGUUCACAAAAAAUAACGACUGCAAGUAAAUAACAAAUAAUAAUGAAUAAUAGCAAAUAAUAAUAAUAAAUCAUAAUAAUAAUAAAUAAUAAUAACAAAUAAUAAUAAUAAUGAUAAAUAAUAGCAAAUAACGAUAUUAUAAAAUAACAAACCAUUUUUAAUAAUAACAAAUACAAAUAAUAAAACUUAAUCAUAGCAAAUAGUAACAAAUAAAACAUAACAAAUAAAUCAUAGCAAAUAACAAAUAAAAAUAAUAAAUAUUAACAAAUAAUAAUGAUAAAUAAUAACAUAAUAAAUAACAAAUAAUAAUAAUAAUAAAUCAUAACGAAUAACAAUGAUCCAUAAUUAUAAAUAUUAAUAAAUAAUUACGAAUAAUAAUAAAUAAUAUAAUAAUAAAUCAUAAAUAAUGAUAGAUAAUAACAUAUUAAAUAAUAUUGAUAGAUAAUAACAAAUAAUAUUAAUAAAAAACAUAAUAAUGAAUAAUACAUAACAAAUAAUAAAUUAUAACAAAUAAUAAAUCAUAGCACAUAAUAAAUAACAAAUAAUGAUCAUAAAUAACAAAUAUUAAUAACAAAUAAUAUAAAUAAUAAUAAAUCAUAAUAAAUAAUAGCAAAUACAUAACAAAUAAUAAUAAUAAAUAACAAAUAAUAAUAAUAAUAAAUAAUACCCAAUAAUAAUAGUAAAUAAUAACAAAUACCGGUACCAUGUAAUACCGCGUGAGGUGCCCUGGGAGUGACGUCAUCAAGUUGUGGUAGUGAAAUGUGGUGCGAGAUAAUUGUUACGUUGUGAUAAACGUAUCAAGGAACAGGAAGAAGAUCCAAAUGAAGAAGGAGAAGAGUUGCUUGGAUUUGUCUUUUUCCCCCCUGAUUUUUAUGCUUUUUAUGGGUUUUCUUCAGUGCACCAACAAGCUGCUUCUCAGCGAGCGACGCACGGGACUCCGCCUCCAAGACUUUGCCCGAAGAAACGCCGCCAACAUGCUGUCGGUCGCCAACAUGCUGAUGGGCAUGUCCUCCAUCCUCAGCAACCUCAGCGGGCACAAUCACGCCGCCUGUUGGCUGCUUCUCAUUGGCUACCUGCUGGACCUGGCUGACGGGGCCGUUGCUAGGCGACUGGACGCCUGCUCCGCGCUGGGUGCCAAGCUGGAUGACUUUGCCGAUUUCACCACCUUCGGGAUCGCCACGUCUCUGCUCCUGAGGAGCCCCGCCCUGGGGGACAACGUCCUGUGCGUGUGCUACGUCCUCUGCGUCUUCGUCCGCCUCUGCUUCUUCUCCAGCGGGAUCCCCUUCAUGUACCGUGGUCUGCCGUGCAUCUACUCCUCGGCCAUCCUCGCCAGCGUCUCGCUGCUGGGCGGGAACUCGACCACGCUGCGGGUCAUCGCCGUGGCCAUGAUCCUUUUUAUGAUCAGCCGGAACUUCUACCCGCACGACCGAGUGCUGGAGUCUCAGGCCUGGAAGAAAGUUGUCUACGCUGGAGGAGUUGUGGUGCUCUUCUGCUGGUCCUUCCCUCCUGCGUGUGUUUACUACCUGCUGUGGUCCGUCUCCUACCUCCUGUUCCCCACAUCUCUGUGGAGCAGUAAAGUGUAAACAAAGGUGUCCACUUCCACGCGGCGGCCAUGAUGGAGGGUCCUCCUUGAUUGCCCACAAACGCAACAACAGUUCCACUUCUGGAGAAGAAGUCUUCUCGUGGAACCUUCUUCGAGCCAUGAAGUCUCCAAACUUCUUCAAAGUUGAUUUCAUGCACAAGAAGCCCCCUACUUUUCGUCCGAUACUGGCCACAGACUGACGAAUCAAAUGAUGCGGGGGCCACUUUGCUAGUUUACACCUUCAAAUCAUAUAGAUUUUUUUUACGUAGAUGUUUUUUUUACAGAACUAGGAAUUGCAAUUUGGGUAGAGGUGUUGCGUGAAUGCUGAAGAGCCAAAGCAGAACUGAAAUGCUAACAGUUAGCACGUAACAAAAUAUAUGCCAGUAAAAUGAGCUAAAAAGAGAAGCUACCGUGCUAAAAGUACCAUGCUAACAUGCUUACAGUUAGCAUUAGUGAAAUAUAUACCGACAAAGCGUAAUAUUGUUAGCACGCUAACAGGUAGCAUUCGUCAAGUAACAAAAUAUUUGACGCGGCUGAGGUGUAUACCGAUACAAUUAGCACCAAAAAAAGCUGCCGUGCUAAUAAUAAAAUGCUAACUAUUCUUUUAGUCAUGCUAUCGGCUACCAGAAUUGGACAUUCGUGGUGUAAAUCUGUGCAUACAUUUACCAGUAGACUUAUAGUUAACGAAUAGAACAAUUUGAAUAAAAACAUAAUAACAAUAAAAAAUAUCUAUUUUUCUGGUGAUUUUAUUCCUUUAUCCAUUCAUCCAUUUUUUUACCGCUUGUCCUUGAUGAAGGGAAAAUAUUACAUGAUCAUUGUCAUACAUCAAAUCAAAUCAACGUUUAUUUGUAUAGCAAUUAGAGAUGAUAAUG